AACAAGCAUUCUGGGUAACAGAAGUUUACAUUAUGUAGGCGAUAGAGGGCGCUGUUUGUGCAUUCACAAAAGCUUUGAAGAAAGAAAGAAGCGUCCGAAAAUUUGGAUACUAUAUCUAAUUUUGGAGCAAGCACUUUAAACAAAGAUGUCAACAUCUCCGGGAGGAAGCAGCACUGACUGUGGAGGAGAUAAGACUAAAGCUAUCGGCAAGGAUGGAAUCUUUCUCAUCCCAAGUCCAAUUAUAACAAGGAGGACAAGAACAACAUCGAUGUCCAAAGCAGCAGCGGAGGGCGACUUUAAACACGGUACAGUUCUUGAAUUCUCCAAGAGCAAGGGCCACGGGUUCAUCAAGCCAGACAAGGAGGGAACUACACAGCAUUUAUUUGUUCAUGUUUCUGAUAUCGAAGGGGACUAUGUGCCACAGGCUGGGGAUAGGGUCACAUACAAGGAGUUCCCCCUACCGCCGCAAAACGUUCAAGUGCAAGCCGUGCACGUACAGAUCACUGAGAUGGCAAAAGGACACCAACAUCAUAGGUGGGAAGAUCCUGAGACUAGUUAAUUGUAUCGCACUCUGUCAUUCAGUCACAGAUGAUCUGAUGUCUUAUGAUCUAUAAUAUGAUAUAACAAUUCUGUUGCGAUUAUUUUUGCGGGAUCGGGGAGAACGAAUCGAGCCAGAGUAGUUAAGGCCAAAAAAAAAAGUCUCCGGUUUCUGAUAUGCGCGCGUGUCGCCGUAGCCAUGCGUGUCGGCAAAAGAUGAUGUCUCAAAACUGCCAAACUCACUGGUUUGACUGGGAUCCUGCUGCUGCACAAAUUUAACGUGUUUUUAGAUGGGGUUACGAUCGAGAAUAAGCUUUAUGUGGCCUCUCUGGACUCCCAUAUAUUUUGCACUAAAU